AUGGCGACAUCCAUCGCUUCGAUUCGUAGACAUCGGGCCUACGCCAAAGAUGCGUACACCUACUACCCUGUUGUCAUCGUCGGAGCCGGUGAAUCGGGGAUUGCCAUGGGCUGCCGGCUAAAAGAAGCCCUGGGGUUCGAUCAGUUCCGGAUUUUCGAGCGGCAGUCUGGCAUCGGAGGCACCUGGUGGAUCAAUCGCUACCCUGGUGUCGCGUGUGACGUACCGGCUGUCUUCUACUCUUUCUCCUUUGCCCAGAAUAAGCGAUGGACCACCUUGUUCCCUCCAGGGUCGGAAAUCGCAGAGUACCUGGCCGACGUCUGCGCCAAAUAUGGCAUUGUCGACAAGAUCCAGCUCAACACGGAGGUCAAGCAGCUGCGAUGGCUCGAAGACGAAGAGGAGUGGGAGGUGACCUUGGCCCAUCUCGUCCCUGGCGCCGGCGACCUGUCCGCGAAGGAGCGUCAAGAAAAGGUUGCUACCGAGGGUGAACACAGCGUCUAUGUGGCCACGGAGAUCGUGAGGGCCAAGAUCGCUGUCAGUGCUGUGGGCGGUCUGGUUGAACCCAAGAGCUGGCCGCAGGACAUCCCUGGAAUCGAGAACUUUGAAGGCGACUUGAUCCACACAGCUCGAUGGAAGCCCGACGUGAACCUUGAAGGGAAAGACGUGGUCGUGGUAGGCACUGGUUGCAGUGCUGCCCAGGUCGUGCCGGAGCUGGUGAACCCUCCCUACAACGCCAAGUCGGUCACGCAGUUGAUGCGUUCCCCGCCGUGGGUUUCGCCUCACUUUUCCGAAAAGGAGACGGAGAUCUGGGAUAGAUACGCACCCUCGCUGAUACCGAAGAUCCCUGGCCUGCUGCGCCUGGUUCGGUUCUAUGUGUUUUGCUUCGUAGAACAUACCUGGUUCCAGCUGUUCGCCAACAACAGCUACACGAACAAGGUCCGGCCUGCGGUGGAGAGACAGUAUCUGGAGUUCAUGCGAAAGCUCACCCCACCACAGUAUCACGAUAUGUUGACACCAAACUACCAGAUCGGCUGCAAGCGUCGCAUCAUCGGUGGACGCUGGUACAAGAGCCUGAACCACCCCAAGAUCGAAUUGACAUCGCGGCCACUUAAGAGCGUUCAGCUUAAGAGUGUUACCUUGGGACCAAGCCCUAACUCCUCUGCUGAUGCAGCCGAAGAGGUGCAUCUGCCAGCUGACGCUAUCAUUCUCGCGAACGGGUACGAGACCAAUGUCUGGCUCCACCCUCUGCGCGUGCUAGGAAAAAACGGGAAGAGCAUCCACGAUGUCUGGGAAGAACGCGGUGGACCGCAGGCAUACCUCGGAAUUGCCAUGGACAAGUUCCCCAACUUCUUUAUGAUCUUUGGGCCUAAUACUGCCACCGGGCACUCCAGUGUCAUCAUGGCGUCGGAAAACGCGGUCGAAUACUCGCUCAAAUUCAUCAAGCCGAUCCUGAAUGGCGACGUCAGCACCUGGGAAGUCAAGGAAGAGGUCGAGAGAAAGUGGACCCAGGGUGUUCAAGCAGCCCUCAAACGGACUGCCUUCCAUCAAGGAGGCUGCACCAGCUGGUAUAAGAAUGACAAGGACUGGAAUUCGACGGUCUAUCCGUGA